AUGUCAAAUCUAGAUCCAAUUAUUUAUCCACACUUAAAAAUGAAUGUGCCUUCAUUUUUAAUAAAGACUUAUGAAAUAUUGGAAGUAUUAUUGACUAUAUUAAAAUAAGGAUGAAUCAAUAUAAGAAAUCAUAUCUUGGAACAAAGAAGGAACAGCAUUUAUAGUGUACAAUUCGCAUGAAUUAUCAUCAAAAGUUUUAGCCAAUUACUUUAAGCAUAAAAAUUAUCCUAGCUUUUUGAGGUAAGUAAAUAUCUGAAAGUAGAUAAUUAAAUAUGUAUAACUUUAAAAAGACUCGAAAUCAAUAUGGAGCAAGUGAAUUUAGACAUAAAUGGUUUAGAAAGGGUUAAAAGUAUUAUACUAUUAAUUCUAAUUUUUAGAAACAUGAUCUAGUAUAUUAGACGUAGAAAUCAAGAAGAAUCAGAUUUAAAAGUAGAAGCAAGAGAUUAAAAUUAAGAAUUCGAUACUUAUAAAAAAGAACAUGAAAAUAUGAAAAUAUUGCUCUAUGAUCUUUAAGAGACUCACAAAAUUAUGUCAAACAAUUUAGCUAAAUCCAUUCAUUAGUCAACAGAAAUGAAUAGAUAAAAUUUUAUCACUUUUCAAGUAUGAAAAUGUUUAAUCUAUAGAACAUAUAAAAAACCUAAUUAGAGUUUAAUAAAAAAUAUGAAUAUUUGUCAAUCAUGCUAACAAAUGUUUUAAACAAUCUUCCCAAUAUAUGUAUAAUAUACUCUCUAAAAAACAGUAACAAAUUUUAGAGAGAUGAUCAAAAUUUGCUAAGAUGAUUCAAACUUAUAACAAACUUAAUAUAGUUUAGAAAAUGGAACAUCAUAUUAAAAUCCAUAAGUUAUGUCCUAUAAUCAAUUCUAAUUUUAUGCCUAAAAAUAAAAGCCAUGUAUAUUGUUUUGUUUAAAUUUUAAGUUUAUUUUUACAACGAGAAAUAAUAAUAUUUUUACAACAAUACUCCUUAACUAGCCAUAACUGACAAGUAGAGCAACUUUUGUUGUAAGUUUCAUUUAUUCAUAAUAAGCUCCAACCACCUAUUCAUUAUAAAGCAGUCAACCAAAUUCUCCUUAUAGAAUCUCAAAUAAUUAGUAAUAUCUUUUAGAUUAUUCAAAUAUAGAUUAGGUAUAAAUUACAUAUUAUUUUUAGUAAUAUCAAUAAGUAUGA